UCGGCUGGCGCCGUUGCUAGGAGGUCCUUACGGCGAGCGAGGCCGUGCCGGGGGGUUGCUAAGGGCCUCGCGGGAGAGGAAGGCUUAGGGAAGGCGGCGCCUGCGGUCCGUGCCUCGAAGAUGUCUCAUUUUUCUACUGAAGAUGAAGCUCUUUUGCAGUCUAUGCUUAGGCAGUUACUGCAAAGCGUUAAAGAAAAAAUCACAGGAGCACCAUCGGUAGAGUGUGCAGAAGAGAUUCUGCUACAUUUGGAGGAAACUGAUGAAAAUUUUCACAACUAUGAAUUUGUGAAAUAUCUUAGACAAUAUAUAAAUAACAUGUUGGGCUCCGUAAUAGAAGAAGAAACUGAGAAAUGUACUUCAGCACAAAGUCAGGGUGAAGGAUCUGGCUAUGAUACACUUGUACAACACGUUACGAAAAAGACUAGAGAAUCAAAGGAGUAUAGAGAAAUGAUGCAUUCUUUGAAGAAUGUCAUGACGGUUGUGGUUGAAUCUCUGAUUAACAAGUUUGAAGAAGAUCAGAUGCGAUAUAAGGAGAUGCAAAGAAAAGUGAGAACAGAACAGCACAGCAGUUACUAUGCAGAUAACUGUUCUGAUAGUGAUUCUUCCUUUAAUCAGAGUUAUACAUUCAUGAAUCAAGAACAAUUACAGCUACUUGUAGAAAGACUUGAUCCUGCACAGCCUAAAGAGAUACGUCAGGAAGCCAUGCAGACAUUGUGUUCUGCACCUCCAUCUGAUAUAUUAAACUGUGAGAGCUGGGCUAAUUUACGUAAACAUCUUGCAACAGCACUCUCCGAUCCUGAUUCCAAUUUCAGUGACAAAGUUUUGAAGUUCUAUGCCAAGACAUUUUCUUCCUCUCCACUAAAUAUGACAAGGGAACUCUAUGCAAGCUUAGCAAAGUACGUAGAGCUGUACUUUCUUUCUGAAGAUAAUUAUGUUCCGACCAUAUCAAUGGGUAUUGAUAUAAGCAACCCAGAUGUAAUUCGUUUACUUAAAAAGAUACGUCUGUUAAAUGAGUACCAGAGGGAAGUCCCAUCUUUUUGGAUUCGUCAUCCAGAAAAGUACAUGGAAGAAAUAAUGGAAAGUACCCUAUCACUUUUGUCACUAAAGCAUGAAUUAAGCCAUGAUAUGUCUACAAAAUCUUUGGAUCCGGUAUACUUCUUGGCUCUAGUUGAUCUCAAAGCUGUGUGGUUCAAAAAAUGGAUGCAUGCUUAUUACAGUAGAACAGUGGUGUUGAGGCUACUUGAAAAGAAAUAUAAAUCUUUGAUUAUUGCAUCUGUUGAGCAGUGUGCCUCCUACUUGGAAGCUUGUGAAUCAGCAAUUGAUGGAACAGGCAGGUGUCAUUUUUUCUCCACAUCACAUAAUAGUAAUAAACAAAAGAAUUUCUACACAGGAAAAGAAUUACACUAUAUAUAUUUUGUUCAUUCCAUGAGCCUCUUAGGCAGAUUGUUGAUAUAUAAACAAGGCAGAAAAUUGUUUCCUCUUCAGUUGAAAAACAGAAAAGAUUUGAUGUCUCUGUCAGACCUCGUCAUAAUGUUUAUUCGUCUAAUCUAUUGCUCGCCAAAUUGUCCAAAGACUCUUACUGUGCAUUCAGGCAAUUAUUCUCCAGCUGGCCUCAUUACUGAUGUGCUAAGAAUUCUUUGUGAUCGAAAAGAAUGUGCAACUGAAUGUCUAUAUACUAAUAGAGUGAUUGAGGCACUUCUUCAACCAAUACAUUGUUUACUCAAUGGGACAGAGGUGCAUCUGGAUUAUCCAGAAACAACUCUAAUACAUAUAGCUGACAUUUUGGCAAGGAUUGCUGCUGUAGAUGAUGGUCUUUCUCUUCUUCUUUAUGGAGGAGAAAAGUCUUCUGCCAUGGAGGGUGCUAGCCUUAGGGGUGCACAUACAAUCGUUCAGUUUACAAAGAAGCUUCUUAAUGAAGACAUUUCUGCUUUGUCUGGUUCCGAGAUGUUGCCAGUCCUCAAAGGCGCUUUCAUCUUUGUGUGCCACCAGAUGUAUAGUACCUGUGAAGGCUUAGAGGUUCUGCUACCUUACCAUUUACAUGGAUCUAUUGCUGAAAGUUGGAAAAAGACUAGUUUGCUUUCAGACAGAAUUCCUACUCCUGUAGCUGGGGCAGACUGUGUUUCAACAGUUAACCAAGAAUCACAGAGCUUUAUUGUAUUAGAAGAGACGUUGUUGGAUGACUUGCUCAAUUUUGCUGCCACACCGAAAGGGCUCUUGCUGCUACAGAAUACAGGGACAAUCAAUGAAUGUGUGACCUUCAUGUUCAACAGAUUCACAAAAAACCUCCAAGUCAGUGGAUGUGAAAAGUUUGGGUAUGGAGUAAUAGUUACACAAGUGGCUGCAACUGCUUCAGGUGCUGUAGCUCUACAAAGUUCAGGAUUUAUAAAAGCACUUGUUACUGAACUGUGGGGUGUUCUGGAGUGUGGAAGAGAUGAUGUCCGAGUAACACACCCCAGAUCAACACCAGUAGAUCCCAUUGACCGAAGCUGUCAGAAGUCUUUUCUAGCUCUGAUAAACUUGUUAUCCUACCCUGCUGUUUAUGAACUGAUAGGUGAUCAAGAGAUACCUAAUAAACCAGAAUAUUCUCUCCGUGAAGUUCCUACAGAUAUUAUUGAUAUCAUUGAUAGACUAAUAAUUGUGAAUACGGAAGCUAAAAUUCAUUCAUUAUUCAAUUAUGAACAGUCACAUAUCUUUGGAUUGAGAUUAUUAAAUGUGCUGUGCUGUGAUCUAAAUACACUUCUACUUUUGGAAUCUCAGUUUAAGAUAUCAGAAGUGCUCUUAGAUGCCCAAAAAGAGAAUACCAUCAAUAUUUCUGAAACGUCUCGAGACUUUAUAAUUGAUGGCCUAUCAGUAGAGAGAAACCAUGUUCUCGUUAGAAUCAAUCAUGUUGGGGGACCAACAGAGCGGAUCUUGCCUCCAAGAAUACUGCAUAAGGGCGAUGAUCCCUAUCCCUGGCCAAUGUUUUCAUCAUACCCUUUACCGUCAUGCUAUCUUGCUCAAUUUCCUAGAAAAACUGAUUCAAGGCAAGAUGAUGAUGCUAACAAGCUUUUGUCUGCAAUAAAAAAUCCAGAUAAACAGCUGGGAUGGAUUGAAAAUAUUCGGAGAAAGUUUUGUGAAAUCAUGGAAAACAAGCCUAAUGUUGUGAGUGGAACAAAUUUGGCAGAAUUAAUUGAAAACUUUGUGUUGCAUCUUUCUCAAACACCAUCGGAAUGUUACUUCGGUAGCAGAGAAAGUGAAGCUGAUGCAAAGGCCGAAAUCAAAACCCUUUCAUCUAUAAAGCACUUUGGCGUUAAAAUGACGAUCAGUUAUGGUAAACAUUUGGACCUGCUAAGAGAGAAUGCUGAAAAUGAUCUAUGUCAACUUCUAAUGUAUUGUGAGAAAUACUUGGAACAACAACAAGCACUUGUAACAACAUCAUUGCGUGCUCUGCAGGGAGGAUAUGCAAGCUAUGAUUGGUUUGCAUCCUCUGUAUUUCUGAUAAUGAUGGGUGACAAGGAGAAAACACUAACAUUUCUCCACCAAUUCUCCCAUCUACUUGUUUCAGCAUUCCUUUGGAUACCACGACUGCAUAGUUCUAGCCACCUGCCUAUUGAUACAGCUGAGUCGGGCAUUCAUCCAGUCUAUUUUUGCAGUGCGCACUAUGUUGAGAUGUUGCUGAAGGCUGAGUUGCCACUUGUCUCUUCUGCUUUCCAUAUGUCUGGCUUUUCUUCAUCACAGAUCUGUCAGCAGUGGCUAACUCAGUGUUUUUGGAAUUACAUGGAUUGGAGUGAGAUUUGCCACUACAUUGCUAUUUGUAUUUUCUUGGGCCCAGAUUAUCAAAUAUAUAUGUGUAUAUCUGUGUUCAAACAUUUACAGCAAGAAAUUCUUCAGCAUACACAGACUCAAGACCUCCAGGUUUUUCUUAAGGAAGAAGCCCUUCAUGGAUUUCAAGUGAGUGACUAUUUCAAAUACAUGGAAAACUUGGCUCUAACCUAUAGACCAGUGCUUCUAAAAGACAUGAGGAACAUUACAGUGCAGAACACAUAGAUCAAGCAAAUGAGCAUCUCAUUUCAAAUUUUAGUUAUGUUCUUCAAGGGACGCUGAUAGUUUAUUUUAUAUCCUUCCCCAUAAAAAUGCAUUCAUUCUAAAUGUACAUACUGCCAAAUCAAUAAUAAGGCUUUUCAGCAUACUGCUUUCACACGACGACAUCCUCUAAAUUGGAUCAUCUGAAAAAUAAUGUGUUUUUCUAGCCAUGCACCAUAGCCUUGUUUAAACUUGGCUUCAGAACCUGUCCUUGAAUUACUUUAAAUGACCUGCUUAUAUUUUCUAAGAGUAAUUUCCAUACUAUUAAAUGUUGCUUCCCUUCAACUCCUACCUAAAAUUUCUAAAUUGCGUACAGGUUUGGCAACAAGGAACAGUCAUUUGAAUACCUCCUUUGAAAAUCCAGCCUUUGCUAAAGGUGAUAAGUAAAGGGAGAGCUGCUUCCUUCCUUGCAGCAAAAAUGACCUUGGGAGGUCAGGAAACAGAACGUUAUAGAUACUCACUUUCUGAAUACCUUAGUCAACAAUAGAAUGAAAGAUCUACAAUUCCCUUCUGUUGUAGUCAUUUUUAAACAUGGUAUUCUAAAACCUUUAUUUGAGUUUCUACAUAUUGUUGAAGUGAAUAAAUUAAAACUGCAACAGAUGAUAAUAUGCAGUAUUCAGUGUGAGUUUGUAAUUUCUCUUUUAAGCCAACAUUCUGUGAGUU